AUGGCGUCGGUGGUGGAGGACUACUUCACAGGGUACCAACGCUUCUUCUGGCGGGGCUGGACGUCCGCCUACUGCUACCCGGAGCCACGGCCAGUGUUCCUAGGCAGCGUGCCCAUCAACCUCAACGACGUGCUGGUCCAGAACAAGCGUUGGAUGUCCGAGAUGCUCACCGUCGGCGUCUCUAGGAGGCACUCCCCGCUCGCCUGCCGCUCGCUCCUCCGUGCCUCCCUGCUUGAGGACAUGGGCUACGCCUACUUCGGCUUCGCCGCGCUCUACGCCGUUUUGGUGCUCUGCUACGCCACCCUGCUAUAG